UUCCAGAAAUUAUUUCUUUUUGAAAUGUCUUCAAAUUCAAGAGCAUUAAGGAAUUCAUUAAAUGAUUUGGAAAAUGCCAUGGAAGUGAGAAUUAAUCAUAAUAAUGAUAUGAACGGAGAUUGCUUUUGUAGACGUGUUUUGAAUUCGCCAUAUGGUUUUGUAGAAUGCUGCGGUACCAUUGGGCACAAAGAAUGUCUCAUAAAUUUUGUAUCAGAGUAUAAACGUUGUCCUUCCAUGGAUUGUCUAAGAAGGGCCAAAGAAGAAGAUGUUAAAGAUUUUAAUCCGCCAGAAAUUAAUAUUUUACGAGAAAUUAUUUCACCAAAUAAUAUAUUAUCCUUUUUGAAAUAUUUAUGGAGCAUGGUGGUCAGUUUUGUUAAAAAUGUUAGUUUAGCUGAUAGUAAAUUGAUUACUACGUUGAUUGGAGCGUUUAAUCAUUUUUUUACUGGCAAGCCUUCAAUUAGUGGUGGAACUGCUGAUAGUAAAAAUAUGAAUGUAGAUACUUUUAAGAAAUCGAAAUUACGAUGGAUUAUAGGGUUUAUAGAUAGAAACAAAGGUUCAAUGAUUUUGUUGGCUGUUGCGUUGGUAAUUGUUUGUAUUUUGUUCUCUCAAUUUGGUGUUUGGUCUUCAAUUUUUGUAUUUAUUCGCCAAUCAUUUAUGGCAUUGAAAGAAAAUGCUCCAAAUCUAGCAGUCGCAGUUAUGGCGUUUAUAAGAACUUACUUCAACAAAAAGAAAAUUGAAUUUUAA